CAAACAUGGCGGCAAUCUCCUGGCGUCUGUGGUGCGCGCGGCGUGGAUAAAUCCCUUUCCCAGAAAAGAGAGCUCUCUCCCAGUGUGAAUCCUCUCGAUGUUCGGAUGAAUCGAGCCACCUUCUGAUGAACGAGGAAAUGGCCGAGUUGGUGGGUCGUGAGCGCAUCUCUCGUGUCGUGGUAGUGUCCGUAGAAUCAGAGAACAGCGCCCCACCGCUCGAAGCCGUCGUGUCGCGGCCAACCGACUCCGAUGACGAAGAGGACGCGGUCGUCGACAACGUGGAGCCAACCGUGGAACUGCUUUCCCGAUCUGACUCCGAGGAGGUCAGCGGCAACAUGAUCGAGGCGUCCGAUUUCCGAUCCUUGUCCGAAGGUCCGGCCUAUGCUAAUCUGAACGGCCGACUCAGCCCCGGUUUCUCGACGGCCUCCAGCUAUGCUACGUUGACCCCUUUGCAACCUUUACCACCCAUCUCCACCAUGUCGGACAAGUUUACUCACUACGCCCAUCACGGCAAUGUCAGUGGGAGCUUUACUCUCAUGCAGAACAACUUGGGAAUGAAUUUCCAGUACGAAAAACUGGGAACUAUGGGAGUGAUGAACAUGAGCCCGACUCUCGGGGUCACACACGCGUCAGCAGUCUCGAUGCUGGCAGCGAACGGACUCAACUCCCAGUCGCCGUCGUAUUCUCAGAACGGUAUCCACACUCCAGAGAAGUCGCUCAGUCCUACUGGAUUUGAGUCGUAUUCACACCGCGACCUGGGCUCGCCACAGAGCCCAGCUCUGCACACCCCAACCUCGAUGAUGCAGACUUUGAAUGGCCUUAAUGUACCUAGUAGUCCCCCACCCGCCCAAAUACAAGUACCCAGUCCACAGAGUAAACCCUCGCCGGGACCCAUGACUGUGCCGGUGGUCAGUUUGGCCCCUUCGGCUGCCCUUAAUGUAGCCCUGUCCCUCGCAUCGGCGAUUCCAGUGCCGGUGCACGUGACUGUCCAACCGGCGGCCACUAUUGUGAGCUCGCCGCCACAAACCCAGCAGGUCGUUGUGGCCACCCCAGUGGUCCAGCAACAGCAGCAACAACAACAACAACAACAGCAGCAGCAGCAGCAGCAACAACAGCAGCAAUCUCAGCCUCAACAACAACAACCAAAUCCUCAGAACUCACCCCCAAAUAUUAAGCCCGUGAUGGUCGCGACGGCCGUCUCUCCAUCCUCAGCGAAGAGCAGCGGGGAUGAAGUCGAAGAGAUCAACACGAAAGAACUGGCGCAGAGGAUUAGUGCGGAAUUGAAGCGCUAUAGCAUACCUCAAGCAAUUUUUGCCCAAAGGGUGUUGUGUAGGUCCCAGGGGACGCUCUCAGACCUGCUGAGGAAUCCGAAGCCUUGGAGUAAACUGAAAUCGGGGAGGGAGACGUUUCGAAGGAUGUACAAAUGGCUAGAAGAACCAGAAUUUCAGAGGAUGUCUGCCCUCAGACUGGCAGACGGAGGCUCGUUUUCCCGAAUGUUACUGGACCGGCAACCCUCCUCAUCUUCCUGCCCUUCUACGUCCACAGAUAUGUACCUUCUGAAUGAAGACAUCCAAGCAGCUUGCAAGCGGAAAGAAGACCAACAACAGGCCAAACAGCAGAACACACCCAAAAAGCCCCGACUUGUGUUUACGGAUCUCCAGAGGCGGACAUUACAAGCCAUCUUCAAAGAGACGAAGCGGCCUUCAAAAGAAAUGCAAAUCACUAUCUCUCAACAGUUAGGACUAGAGCUCAGUACGGUCGGUAAUUUUUUCAUGAAUGCCCGGCGAAGAUCUCAGGACAAAUGGCAGGAAGAAGUCGAAAGUAAAUGCACGCCAACAACGGCAGCUGCACCCAAGAUUAAUAGCUCAACCACCAAUAACAGCAGCGAUGCCACCAGCCCUGAUUUGAUCAGUACACCGGCGACGACGACCAUUCUCACAACUAUAGUGACCACAUCGUAACCAAAGGCUCUUUUCAUGACUCGCAGGGUGGACAAGGCAAAUAAAUUCCUUUUUUAUAUAUAAAUAUAUAUAUGAAACAGAGGUAAAUGCAAGUUAUUUCAAACUAUAAAAAGAAUUAAUGAUAAACUUCUCAGAAAGACUAGUUCGUUUACCUAAACGUUCUAGCACCGUUUGAAAAGAAGUAUGAAAGCAAAUGUCAGCAAAAGACCUCUAAAACACAUCGAGUACAAUUGAUAUAUUCCCCGUUUUUUGAAGUUACUAUGCCUCGUUAUUUUAACGACAUUUCUAAGAAAUUUUAUACCUUAAAAGUUAAAUACAUGCAGAUGAAAACUGAAAAUCGCUUUUCAGUCCUAUUCAAAAUUCUUUUUGCUAAUUUCUUUGAUAGAUGUUAUGCAUUACAUCGUUAAGUAAUACAUUAUAGCGCACAAGAAUUAUCAUCAUUUUUGCCGACAAAAUUACUUUUAUAUGAAAUUCAUUUUUUUAUUAGAGAUUACUAACAUCUUUUUUU